CGUAUGCCAUCUUGGCUGCUACGAACCACCUGAGAGGGCCUGCGAUACCGGUGAGCCUACCGGAUGGCAUUAUACGAAAGGAAGCAAAGCGGAGCCCAGCCUGAACGGAGUAUGAGGUCGACAACUGGAAGGAAAUGUUGGAAGGACUGGUGCUCACACCGAUAGACCGGAACCAAGGAGAUACUGCGGUUAUCUGUCCGAUUUUGUACCGUCACGCGUUCGGGAAGAUAUUUCUCUGGAAUGAGAACUACGAAGUCGUCGGCAAUCGGGAAUCGGAAGUCGAAUUGUUGCGGAAGUGUAAAGCGACCUUCACCAACCUCAAGCUGGACAUGAUCGGCGGUUGGAAACCUGACGGGAGGCUCGGAACCGCAUAUGUGAUUCCGAAGCACAAAGACUUGGAUAGGUGGAGACCCAUAGCACCAGCGCCAUCCGAUCCGGGUGCCCUCGCACAACGAAGAGUAGCAAGGGCACUACACUGUCUCCUUGUGAGUCUACCGACAACAAGUUCAUUCUAUCUGAACUCGGUGGCCGAGCCCGGCAGACGGAUGGAAGCAGCUGCGCAAAGACUGAGGAACGAAGGAUGCACGGCUGUGACAGGACGAUGCUACGACAUUAAGGAAAUGUUCUCCAGGAUUCCGCAUGAGGCCGUGCUACAGGCGGUCACCCAGAUGCUCGUGAAGUACGAAGACGAGGGAUGGCAGACGAUGAAGGUGUCGUACAAAGGCAAGUUGUGCGUUUUGAGCAAGACGAGACGAAAAGCCAAGGGAUAUGUCUCUAUCAAGCUGAAGUAACUGCUGGCGGGAGUACAGUUUGACCUGCUUAAUUCGGUGGUGAGAUGUGGAAACAAGCUACUCAGGCAGAUUUUCGGUAUCCCCAUGGGGAAGA